CGGAAAGCAGAAGUCUAAAAUUGGUUUGCCUGUGGUCUUUUUUUAGCCCUCACGGUUGCUGCGAGUCCCAACCGGCUGCCUUUGGUUUUUAAAGUAGCGUGCAUUAAGUUUAGUGAAUCAACGCCGUUGUUUCGCUGCAGGCCUUUCUGAGCUGGGACCGAGCUAAUACUUGCGACAAAACAAAUAAAAGAGAGCAAGAAGUUGGUGCACCGCAGCCCCGGUGUCAACGUGUGUGUGUGGCCGCCUGGUGAAGCUUGAUUUCGGGGGAGGACGCGCUGCAAUGAACCGAUCUGCAACGCUGGAGCACUAUAAGGCAGCCAUGUUGCUGAGUGGAGUUGGCGAUGCUCUGGGAUACAGGAACCAGCUGUGGGAGUACAAUGAGUCUGGACCAGCUAUUCACCAGAUCGUGAUAAAGCUAAACCACCUCCCGUUCCUGCAGGAGCUGAAGGAGCUUGGUGGUCUGAAGAACAUCAAGGCUGAGCUCCCCGACUGGCCGGUGAGCGACGACACGGUUCUGCAUCUGGCGACGGCUGAAGGGCUGGCAACUGGGAAGACGGGGGAGGAGCUCAUGCACGAGGUGGCUGCUCGAUAUGUGGAGGGUAUGAAAGACAUGUACGGGAGGAAACCGGGGCCUUCAAGUAUUCUGGGAGUCUCUCAGCUGAAGCCUGGCGAGGAAGGGGGCUACAGAGUGGCCUAUAACCCAGAGGGGACCGGCUGUGGAGCGGCCAUGAGGUCCAUGUGCAUUGGGCUCAGAUAUCCAAAGCCUGACCAGCUGUUGUCGUUGGUAGCAGUUGCCGUGGAGACGGGCAGGAUGACCCAUCCUCACCCCACCGGUUUCCUGGGCGCAGUAGCGUCGGCCCUGUUUACCGCGUACGCCGUCCAGCACAGGCCUAUCACGACGUGGGGUCUGGGCCUGAUCAACGAGGCCUGCCCAAUAGCGAAGAGCUUUGUUCAGGGUCGAGGCUUCGCCGUCGAGGAGACGGAGAGAGACUGGGGCUACUUCUGUGACAAGUGGCAGUGGUACCUGGAUACGAGGGGCAUCUCUAACGGGGUGGGCCCCGCGAUUUGGCCCUCCACCUACGGCCCAGCUGAGAGAGAUGAAGCAUACAAGAGCUUCAGCCUGUCGGGCUGGGCAGGACGCAGCGGCCACGACGCUCCGAUGAUCGCACUGGACGCCCUGCUGGGGGCGGGUUCAGACUGGGAGGAGCUGAUGGCCAGAGCAGCCUUUCAUGGAGGCGACAGUGACAGCACAGCAGUGAUUGCCUGCUGCUGCUGGGGUCUCCUCUACGGCACACAGGGGGUCCCUGAAGGCAACUACUCCAACCUGGAGUACAGGGAUCGACUGGAGCGCAGCGGCGAGCAACUUUACGCCCUGUCACACUGAGAAGGCCGCCACAACCGCUGCACUGACAGCAUCCAAACAUCUCGCACUGAGGGGAAUCUAGGCCACACACUCUGACACAUUGACAUAGAGCUAGCUGGUGCACUCCGUAGUACAUCGAUCUAGAGUGCUGUCACAUAACCCCGAAGUGUGGUGUCAUAACUUGCCUGAAGGAGAGGCAGAGUGUCCCAGUAACCCAAAGAAGAGUCAAUCCGCCACAAGGACUGUGUGCCUCAUGAUACUGGUACGGAGGCUGGUGUAUUAUGAGGGGUCCCCCUAGUGACCAUUUUAAAUUAACAUGCAGAGCUGUAUGACCGAGUGGAACGAAUCCAAGCUAAUGAGAAUGCAAAGAGAAUAAAGAAAAAGUCCCCUAGGAGGUAAUUACUUCGUUUUGUCAGCCUGACAUAAUAGCAAAUGCUCAGCGAGCUUAAAAUUAAAUGUGCUCUUGUUUUUGUCUAAUGAAAAAUACAUUUAUGUGUCUCAUUAUAGUUAACUGUAACUUCAUGCUGUGCAGAGCUAAACUGUAACUGCAAGCACAAUUAAUGAUACAAUAAAUUAAACAAACAAAGCUUUGUAGUUGAGUUGAAAACUUUA